AUGAAAAAGACGAAGGUAUGCAGUCUCUACAAAAAAUCAGGUCAAGUGUGCUUGAUCCUCGGGUGGGAAAAUCGACAACCUGAGUCCACAUCCAAACAUCCACAGCCUCAAGAAAGUCUUCGAACCUUCUGGGGCCCGAAGGCGGAGACUAGCGGACUUCGGGGAGAUUAAAGUCACCCGCAACCAAUGGGUACUUAAAGCUUGAGUCGGCCGCAGCAUGAAAUGCCUGUGAGAGUAAACGAUCAAAAUUGCCAUUAGCGUUGGGAGAGCGAUAGGCGCAGCCAACGAGUAAAGAGAACUUAUUUUUUAGGGCAACCUGGAGCCAGCAGCUGCCUUCUACAGCGGAAAAAUGCGGGAUGUCUAGCGUCAAAAAUGUAAGUUUUUGCUUAACGUAGACGCAGCUGACCCCACCACGGCUGUAUUGGCGAUAAUUUCGAACGCAAUUAUAGCCUAGAAGCGAGAGUUCGGAGUCAGCUACGGAAUCGGACGCCUCAGUUACGAAAAACAAUCAGUUACUAAAACAAUAUCUGGACAAUGGAAGAACGCCAAAGUCUGAAGCAAAGACAUCUUAUUAAGCAAGGAUCUGGCAUUUAAAACAAAAGUUUGCCGGGAAAGGCUUUUUGUUUCUGAGGGAGGUGGCUUACAUCGUCCAGUUCUGGGCUGCCCACGGAGCAAACGCUCCGGAUGUAACCAUCCGGUUCUGCAAAAUAUUUUGUGGCAUCAAAAAAUUCUGACGUGGAUAAAAAAGGGGUAGGACUUGGGGGAGGGAAUGACGGGCAGGUAAACUGGUCACCAUUGUUAGCUAACUUAUUUUCAGCUGGAAAUCCACGGACCAGAUACUGCAACACAUUGCAGCCGGAACAGAAGUGAGGACCGGAUGAGUUAACUGAUCCAGUAUGGACAUUAGGAUGAGAAAUACAUUGGUAAACCCGUCGUGGAGGAAACAAGUUAUGGGGUGGGGGACGCAUUGCUUCCAUUGGAGCAAGAAUUCUAUUAAACGGCGGGAAAAUCGGCAUAUUCGGCCUAACUGCCUCGAUAUGAGGGCUGGGGACAGUUGGGAACACGCUACGUUUUGAGUUGGAGUGUUUGAGGCACUGUUAGCCGAUGGUGGAGGAAAGGAUUGUAUAAUGGUGCUGGAUUUUUCGGUUGUCCGAGAAAACGUUCCAUGUCAUUUAACAAGCGGAUUUUGGCGAAGUGGACCGCUUCGGCCAGCUAUUUUUCUUCGGAUAGUUCGCAAUUCCAUUCAAGCAUGUGUCUGUUAGAGGGUUGAACGGAAACUACGCAAGUAGCGUGGCGAAAAUAGCUAACUGUUCACUCAAUUCUCGGUGAUGUCCGCUAUGCCCGUCUUCCUGGGAUUCUUAAGGUUCUGUAUAAACGACAAUUUCGAUCCCUCUGUGAUCCGGGAAUGCCAUCAAAUACUUAGCGCAGCAGAGCACAAUAAAGACAAUUAACUGCCUGUACAAUGUGAGAUCUGAUGAACAUACAGUGGGAUGUGUGUUUGCCGAAACGCCUGUCUAUGAACAUGUACACAAACUGUCCUUGUUAACGUGAUUCCACGAUGAUGUACAUUAGAAGUAUUUUUAGGCACAUUACUGCACAUAAACCCAGAGUUUUGCUUACCUUGUGAGCACCUGCGGGCCCAUCAACGGGGACACAAAUCACGACCUACGCUUAUAAAAUGAUGGAGAUGUCGGAAAGCCAACCGCUUGCAACAGUAAUUGUGCACUUUUACAAAAUGUUAAAAUAAUAAAAUAAAGCAUGAUAAUCAAGCGAUUGUUUAACUGUGAGGUAAGGACACAUAUGUAGGUGGUUAUGCUAUGAUGACUACUGAUGGGCCAACGGCAAGUGACAACGGUUCAGAAUUAGAUACUACAAUGAUGCGCCUUUGCUGCCCCCGUCGUCGACCAGUAAUGUGAUUUCACACGCAUAUGAGGCCCAUUCCUUUCUUACUAAGAUUAAUUUUAAUUGACAGGCGUUCGUUGUAAUCUAUUGUGUAAUCCACUUCCCUUUGUGUUGUUGGUUGCGCAGACUAGGAUGUGAGGCCGGGGUUGGAUUGCCAAAACUGCCUAUGCGGUUACACUGUGAUGGAAAAUUCACCAUGACUAUUGCCUUAUCAUAGUUAUCUUUCAAUGCUUUUAUCCUAACUUAUUGUAGAAAUCGAGAAAGCCAUCCCGGCCGAGGCCACGGAAGAGGACGCCUGAUUUGACAACAACUUCACUUCCGGUUUCCCCGUGGCGUGUGCGGUUGGAUCCUCUGGCUGCCUGCUGGUGUUCGACUUUUCCUCCCCUUGAGUACCUUUGUGUCUCGCUCCUUUCACUCUCCCGGUACUUCCGUUCCCUAAUAAACUUCUCUCCUCUUCGAAGAGAUCUUCUCAUUUAGAACGGUGUUAUACCCGCUUGCUUGCUAGAACCCAAGCUAACAAAGGAGGAAAUAUUCGCAACCGCAACAGCAAAAACGAUUAGGAGAGUAAUGUAAAAUACAGAGGCAAAGGAAAAUCUAAUACGCACGAUAUGGAAAUAAAUGAAAAGGAUUACAGAAAGAAAGGGUAAACCGUUCGUAUAAAUAUGGAAAUCACAAUACAUUAAUCACGGCGGUCCUCCUCGUCCGAGCAAUUGAUCAAUAUUCUAAUACUUGCCCAACCAUAAACUUACCUCAAGUCAUUAAACAAAUCAUAGGACUAAUUCAAGCAGUAAGCUUAAUCAUGCACCUCGCAUCCACCAGGCCCUAACAAUAAACCUAAACCAUUAACCUAACCACAAACCCAGACCUAACCCUGACCCCAAACAUAAUCCCGACACUUAAUCUAACGUCAACCUAACCCUAUGACCAAACCCUAAUCCUGAGCCUAAAUACUGACCCUUACACCAAUCUUAACGCCGACCGUAGCCAAAAUCCCUAUUUCCUAACUCUAACCCCAAUCAUAACCCUAACCCCAACUCUAACCCCGACCAUAUCCCUAACUCUAACCAAACCGUAUGACUAACCCCAGCAGUACACUCUAUCAUGAACCAAACUCCGUCAAACCCUAGCCCUAAUCCGUGACUUAAUCCCAAACUCAACUCUCACAAUAAUUCUACGCUAACGGAGUUGGAAAUUCGUGUGAAUUAGCCGGUUUGUAAUUGUAAUAGCCAGCUCUGGAAAAGGAAGUCAGAAAUAUUCACAGAAUGCCCACGGACAAAACCAACUAAUCACCGGAUAGGCAUCGGUGACCAAUCGGGAGCGCGUCGACACCGGCGACCCUACAAGAUUUCACCCGCUACCACGCCAGCGCAAACGACUAUUUUUGAGUUUCUCGGUGAUUUGCUUUGAUCAGCUACUAACAGGCCACCCGUGAUCUACCCUUUCCAUGGCAGUGCACACAUUAGGCCUUCUUGUUGUCCUUAGUGUCGUAUAUGUGUCAUGGAAUCCAACAGUCAUCUUUCACUGGCAUCCAAUCCUCAUGACCUUUGGAGUUUUCGUUCCCAUCCUCCAAGGGGUUAUUAUAUAUAACUCGGACAGCUCACUGCUACCUUCUUCUCAUCCGAAGAAAAAGGUGCGUUCUUUUUUAAGAUAGAAUGUGCUUGGCCGUCAUAUGCUGGAACUUUUCCUGUGCUUAAUCCAUUUUUCGCAAAGUUUACUGACACUCCUUUUUGAUUUUACCUCUUUCCGAGUAUUCGGUGUUUUUUUUGUAGUUCGCGUUCCACUGGUGCCUUGAGGCUGUCGGUCUACUCUUAAUUACGUGCGGAUUCCUGAUCGCUGUUUACGUGAAGACUGUGAAUGGCAAGCCGCACUUUGCAACGUGGCAUGGACUUUUGGGUCUGGUGUUUCUGAUUUGGGGCUUUGUACAAGCAACAUGCGGUGCUCUACAUUCACUUUCCUUAUUGCGGCGUUUUAUUCGGCCUGCUGGCUCGCGUCUCCUGCAUGUGCUCUCAGGAGGUUUCUUUUUUACCUUUGCUUCCUUUGUGUGUGCGCUGGGGCUGAGAUCAAACUGGUUCGAGAACGCAGUAGUUAAUGCGUUCAGUGAUCGUGGAAUACAGCUCCUGUUUAUCUAUAUCACUAACUUUUUUAUGAUUUUGGUCUGUGUUAUUGUACUAAAACAGGUGCACGAAAAAUAUCUACUUCAGUACCUUUUCCCCCGGCGUCCUAUGGAAACAGUAAAGACACAGACAAAUGCUUCAAAAUCCACGAGGUCCCAUUCGGAAACAAAGCCAAAUAGGAGAGCCAAGAAAUCACCCUCGCGGUCUUAAAUGCUGUCUCAAAACUUACUGCAUUUCACUGCGUUUUGCCAAUUGGGUUUGUGCCCGACAUCGUGCAAUAUUUGUUUGAAAACGUACUUUUUCUGCUUAGUUAUUCUUAAUAAAUGCUUUAUCUUAAGUGUAGAAUUUUAUUCCCGUUUUUCGAAGUCACAUCUUGUCUGCUUUUCGUGGGUAAAGUCUUUAAGCUAAUGAGAGUUACAUUAUUGUAGGUGGAGCACGGUUUUAUUAUUUUUUGGGAUAGAAGCUAUGUGAAACCACGGCGCUGGAAUUUUUGCAGGGUUCUUCAGAACUGUAUGUCCUCAAAUAUAUAUCAGUUCACUACCUUUAAAGGUUACCAAGGACGUAGAGCACCAUACGUGAUAGUCCGCCAAGGGUGCUAUCACCAUCAUAUUUUCGCUUAUAUCUCUAAUAACACGUAGGCUCCGUCUAGCUAGGUAGAAACGCUUGCCCCCAAGAAAGUGUAUUGACUAAUUAGAUGCAUAGAAUAGUUGGAGUUUUUUGUUAACGUGAUACCGUCGUUCUUUGAGUGAACCGUGCCUUCGUUUAACAGCCGUUGAGGUUCAUUAUCAGGAAGACAGCUUUGUUGCGUAGGAAGUUCCAUUUCUUUCAUCCAUUUGUAUGACGAAGUGGUUGGUAGGGUCUGAUUGGCUCACAUACCUUGCAAUGCUUAGCCACUCGGUCUUCCAGCUGACAACUUACCUUCUGUCACCGGUGUCUGAUCAGCACCACAUGAGUCGGUCACUUCGGUCAGGUUAGCAACGACGAAGCUCACAUCGGCCUUGAAAAGUCAGUUUUCUAUUUCGUCAGCUCGUCGGGUAACUAACCUUCCUCUCCAAACAAAUCACUUUCCACGACUAUGUGCAAGGCCUCGUUAGGUUUAACAUAAGUCAUCUGGGGAAGGAAACAUAGGAAUCAGUGCACCAGGCUCUUGGAAUCGGUGUGAUGUAUUAAACCCCACUGGUCCGGGGCUUCCUUGUUCUCUUUCUCGGUAGUUAGAAACGCCGGUGGUUGACCAGUCUCUUCUGUUUUGUUCAGUAAACGGUCAUGGAUCCGUUUUGAGCCUUCAAUCUCUAACGGCAAGUGUCCAUCAGAUGUUUCAGAGUUUCCUUGGGCAUUUGUCAAACUUUGAAAAAAUUUCAACUGGGUAGUCAACCACUGCGUUCAUGGUAAAACUGUUCUUGCAACCAAGGCGGGGCAUUGCGUAUUAUGUUGUCCGUGAUUUUUAGCGUUUGCCAAUCAUUUUGUUCUAUCAACUCACGGUUAUUUUUGCACGGCUGCGAUCAUGCCUGAUCUAGCCGGCCUCAAUGAUAUCUCAAACUGUAUCUCUCCGCGCGUACUGAUCCGCGACAGCAUAUCUGUACAGUUCAAGCCAUUUUCGUCGCCAACGACGGAGACCGAUUACCUAAGGCCCGUGAACCAAUUCCAUGUCCUGACAAACAGUGUCAAGACAGGUUUUGAGUUGACCCCCUCAUCGACGCCACCAAUAGGGUAACGGUGCCGGAUCGAGAGUAGUAACACUGAGCUUCUAAGGUGAACGAUGAAGAACAUGCCUAAACCACCUCAGUUGUCUUUCUUGGAUGGCCUGGGUUAUCCUUGCGAUGUUGUCGCAGCGAGCGCGGACUGUCUCAUUUGAGACGAGGUCGGUGUACUUCACUCGAAGGACGGCUCUCAAGCAGUAGUGGUCAAAUACCUCCAGUUUUCCCUCGUCCCCCACGCUUACAGCUCAGCAUUCACAGCCAUGCCGAAGGGCAGAAUGGACAGAUGCACGUUACACGCGAAUCUUACUGGUGAUGAAGAAGUCGCGUCAGAUCCACAGGCUUUUUCUAAGACUUGAGAAAACCCGUCGGACAGCAUCAGUUCGAGCGACAAUGUCAUCCUUACUCUGGCCAUUCAGCAGCAGCCACUCCCCGAGGUAUUUAGAACUCUUUUAAAGAAGACGAAGGCACGAUCAGUGGGACAGUAUUUUUGUUGGCCUGAGCUUUCGAACUCGAACUGGAGUCCAUCAUCAGAGACUACUCGAGUGCAGCAAAUUGUGAACAUUUAUAUCGUCGUUCCAUGCGGAGGGGGGCUACGUCUGGUUUGUGCCGCCUGUUCCACGAUGGUCCCCCGGCGUGGUGACGCCGUUUGUACUUCGCGAUGUGUGCUGUGCAACCUGGCUGCGGGGGCGGAGUGCGUGAUAACGCGCAGGCAAAUCGCUGUGUCUAUUAGUAGAGUUGGUGUCCGACACCCACGCCUCCAACAGUUCUCGUCCCGUCUUGUUGCCGGCUCGCGCCAAUAUCCGCGUGUUGGCGAAGUCGAACUCAUGGCCUUCCCCCAGCGUGUGAGUGGCGAAUUGAGAUAAUGGGUCGCCUCUUCGAACGGCCCGUUUGUGCUCAAGUAUAGCGAGCUGAGACGUCGUCCUGUCUGGUCUAUGCAGUGGCAAGGACAGUUUUGGCACGGGAUUCGAUAGACUACGCCCUACUGUUCACCCGCGUCCAGCCGAUCCCUCAUUUUCAUGAUCCUGCUACGCAUGGUAGCUGCCGGAUGAUGAGCGAUGCCCACGCCUAGCUCUGACGCAAUGCGUGCUGUAGCUUCGGACACAUUCCUUAUGUACGGUAGGGAGUACCAAAUUGUUGGUGUCUCUCUUCCGUUUGUCCGUCGUGGGUGCGUGCGUAUGCAGCGACUGAUAAAACUAUUUGGGUAGCCGUUCUUUGUUAAUUGGUCCCGGAAAUGCCGUAGUUCUUGCAUCCUUCCUUCGGGUUCGCUACUGUGCGUUUUUACCCGGUUGAAAAGCGCCCUCACACAGCCCGCUUGUGCACCAAUGGGUGGUUGCUGAGGUCCUGGGUUGUAUUUGUCGCCUUUCUGUACACUGUAGUGCUGAGUUUACCGUCGGGUGUGCGCGUGACGAGCACGUCAAGGAAGGGUACUUCCUCGCCCCCUCGUCUUCUCUUGUAGACUGAAUGUCGGGGAAUAUGCUGUUAAGCAAAGCUUGAAAACCCGAUAGCUUGUCCUUUUCAAUAAUGACGAAUGUAUCGUCCACGUAUCGGCGCCAAAACGCAGGUUUGUAGUGGCUGAUAGCAACCUUUUCUAGCUCUUGCAGGACCAAUUCCGCAACUAGGCUGGAUACUGGGGAACCCAUGGGUGUUCCUUUGAUUUGUUCGUAUGUUGUGCCAUCGAAGAUGAGAAAGGUUCGUUGGCAGAAUGCAAAGAGCUGCAUUAGGUGCUGGAUCUUUAGCGGCCCUGUCGUUUCGUCGUACUUUUCUUCGAGGCGUUUACGUAGCACGUCGCGCGCCAAAUCUGGUGGGAUGGACGUAAAAGUGAGACCACGUUGAAGGAUACCAUGAUUUAGUCGGGUCGAAUAGUUUUUCCCCAAAUGUCGACAAGAAAUAGGGAGGCCGAAUUGACGGACGUCACAGAGCCCUCUCGGAGAAAAUUGAGUUUUCGGGACAUCCAUUUGGCUAAAUUGUAUGUAGGGCCGCCUUUCAGGGCAACGAUUGGCCGCAGAGGAACUUUGGGUUUGUGGAUUUUUGGUAGUCCAUAGAACCCGGCCAAUGCCGUGUCGGUUGGCUUUGUCUGGCGCCAUUCGUCUGGCGAGAUUAAAUUGUUUUGCCGGAGUCGGCUUAAGAGUCCAGUCAGCUGGCCAAUCAUUGAUUUGGCCUGCGAGGCGGGUGCGGACUUGUAGGACUGUUGGUCGUCCAGGAGAGCUUGUGCCUUCUCGUUGUAAUCAACGCGGUUCAUCAUAACUGCUGCUCUUCCUUUGUCGGCCAGUAGCACUAUAAUAUCUUUGUCCAUUUUUAAUGUCCUCAUUGCCUCUAUUUCUGCGAGUGACAUAUUACUAGCAUGCCUAUUCGUCAUCAGGAGAGACGUAACCUUCUGGCGCACCGUGUGUUUAGUCCCUUUGGUUGCGUUAGUUCGUACUAACAUGGCCUCAAGUGCUACAAUGAAGUCGGCUAGGGUGGCAUCAGCAGUGUUAAAGUUGGCUUCGUGGCUCAACACUCUGAGUUCCGGUUCGCUUAACUGCUUCGACGAUAAUUUGUGUACCACAUCUUCGUUGGCAUUGAUUUCGGGUUUCAAUUUGACUACUUUUUGGUCUAGAUUCAUGCGUUUCACUUCCUGUCUUGCUUUUGCUACGGUUGAUAUUGUUCUGUCUAGACACUCAGUAACUGAUUCGCCGAGCAAUGCUGCGCACUCCGCAUUUCUUUCUUCAAUGACAGUUCGGUACUUGGGCAAGCGUAAGUGGCAGUCGUUGAUCAGCACUCUUAUCAUUUGCUUCCGGAAGCGUUGUACGACACUUCGGCCCAAUUCGGUAUUCACUGGCGCUUUAUAAAGGAGGCUCUUCGGUGUCAGUCCAUCGCGAACGCACUUAUGUAGAAAGCGUAGUUGUUCAUAAGUUGCUGCCUCUCGUGUGGAGAAUGUCUACUGUCUACUUCUUCAAGUCAACAGUCAUCAAUCACUAGGGGUGCCUUCUGGUCAGGGAUGCCGCCUGAAAGCACUUUGGUCCUCCAAGCGGUUAUGGAUAAACCGACCGAUUUAGCGACCUCAGUCACUCGUGACACCAUAGAAUGCAGAUUGCCAAAACUUAAAGCAAGUAAGGCAAUAUAAUCGGCGCAGUCAAGAUCCGUCAGUCGAUGUCCGGGUGCAAACUCAACGCCGUCACCAUCGUGUAAGACCCUCUUGAGAAUCCAUUCGACAGCGUAGUUGAACAGAAUGGGUGACAGGAUGCAACCCUGUCGAACGCUAGACCGAAUACCGAACGGUUGGGAAGAUUGUUGCGGACCAGGGCUUGCACAGUGGUGGAGCGGUAAUAGGCCUUGAUCUUGGCGGGGAUUUUUGGCGUUACACCAUCUAGUGCCAUUACCCACCACAAGGACUCAUGAUGGACGCAUUCAGACGCGACAACAAGUUCAACAAAACAGACGGCCGUCAGUUGUUGGUAGCUGGGACGGAAUUCUAGAAUGCGUCUCAGUGUGAAUACCCGGCCCGCACAUUGACGUUCGGCACGGUAUCCGGGUUAGUUGAUUCACGCAUAGUGUGGAAUCACCUAAGACGGACAACAACGAAGAUCUUCGCAGCCACGGCGGUUCUCCUAUCUAGUCCUAUCUCCCUUCUUGAAGACAGGUGUAAGCAUGCUUGAGACACAGUAAUCAGGAGCAACCUCGUGUUUCCACGCUUGUUAAAUCACCUUACGGAGCCAGGGCACUAGUGUUGACACAAUACUUGUAGGUAUUAGCAAGUAUACCGUUCUCUUCGGGUGCCUUGUUUUUGUGUAGCCUUGUUAUGGCGUCGGCGACUUCCCGCUCAGAAGGUGAGUCGCAUCAUAGGUUGGCGAGGGAGGAGACUCCGUAGCAGAGGGAAGCAAGGGCGUGAUGGGUUGGGCAUUAAAUUUGAGAUGGUGCCCGAAGUGCUUACGCCAGCGCUCGACUUUGGCCGAGUUGUCAGCAAUAAGGCCGCUAUCCACGUCGCGAACAGAGUCAAUCAGUACAGGGAGCUUGCGACUAACUGGGCGAACGUCCUAGGACUGUUCCAUAUAGGUCGCUAUUUCAACCCAAUAUUUCUUCCAGUCAUCCCUGGCCGACUUUUCCACCUGCCCCCGAAGUUGACGUAAAGAGUCGUCAUUAUAGGCUUUGACCCGAGCUGUCUGAGCAGGCAACUGCAGGUUCUUCCACCGAUCCAGUCACUGCACAGUCGCUGGGUUUAUUGAAGAAUUUCCUCGGCUGCCCCAUAGACUAAUGCCAAUGACGACCGCUGGUUACUGCCUUCUCCGUCGGCUCGAGUUGUAUAACAGGGCAGGAUUUCCCUAGUCAGGGCCUCGGUGGAGACAUCGAGGCGUCCGGCACGUGAAAUGUUGGGCGUGGGCGAUAGGCGAACUUUCGGGCCUAUAUGAACGAGGACAUGGGACAACCCAUGGUCGUCUCCAGUCUCGGUACCACGCAUUAAUCUGCUAUCAUAAAACCAGCCGCGGAACCUUGAGUUGACUAGAAUAUGGUCAAUCUGACUGGCCGUGUGACCGUCGUUUGAAUACCAGGUCAGCAGAUGUUUGUUACGCUGCUGAAAGCACGUGUUGGUGAAAAGCAGUCAGUUCUGAUCGGCAAAUUUCAGCAGUCUCUCGCCACCGUCACAUCGAGAACCGAGCUCAAAGUGGCCAAUUAGAUUAAUGUUUGUAGGGUCUCCAGGUCCAGUUUAGCCAUUGCAGUCUCCCGUAACAAUCAGCAGAUCGCGACGGGGGAGUCCUUCUACUAACGCUUGCGGCUGCGAGUAAAAUCCCUCUUUAUCUCGCUGUUCGGCAGCUGAAGACAGGCAUGCUCGCGAAGCGACCCUUCAGUCGCACAUAGGCCAUCCGGUCACUUAUUGAUCCCCUAGCAAGUAACGCACAAUUCGCCUGUUGCGAAACGGCGAUCGCCACACCAUGUCUACCAGAAGAGUCGUGCAGGCCGCUGUGGUAUUGACCGAAGCGUGAGUCUACUCCCGGGACCUUUAUUUCCCGAGUCCUGAGUCAGGAAGUCUGACUUCAGACAGACAGCAGACUCCCCCGCUGUAUUGAUAAAGGCUGCGCACGGCCAGGCCUUUGAUACCGGGGUCCAGGAACGUUUGCACAUUGCAGCAUCCGCUACCGAGUAGUCCAUCUCACAUACUAUUCGCCCCCCACCACUGGGUCAGGGUUGCGGACCGCGUCGGCUCCCGCGGACUCCAUAACAUGGGUCGUAAUUCUGUUGCCCGACAUAUUUCACGAGGUUUCACAGAAAUGAUAGGUGUAGGCGGGUUCCCAACAGCUGUUCGGAUUGUUUGAGGUUGUCUCCCCUAGCGCUUUGGCUUAAAAGCCUUUAUUCCCCGAGAUCCUGAGUCAGGAACUCUGACUUCAGACAGAGCAGACUCCCCCGCUGUAUUGAUAAAGGCUGCGCACGGCCAGGCCUUUGAUACUAGGGUCCAGGAACGUUUGCACAUUGCAGCAUCCGCUAGCAAGUAGUCCAUCUCACAUACUAUUCGCCCCCCAUCACUGGGUCAGGGUUGCGGACCGCGUCGGCUCCCGCGGACUCCAUAACAUGGGUCGUAAUUCCGUUGCCUGACAUAUUUCACGAGGUUUCACAGGAAUGAUAGGUGUAGGCGGGUUUCCAACAACUGUUCUGAUUUAGGCAGGAUAAUAUUGCCGACAAAGACAAGGGAGACUGGAAUGGCCAUUUCUGGCUUAUUAGCCGUCGCCAGCCAGCCAUACCCAAGCCCGAAGUGUGGAACACCCGAGCCUCAAACUCGCGACCUGUUGGUUUAGAAGUCAACGCCUCUACUCACCGGGCCACGAGCCCGUUGCCUUGUCGGUUUUCGAUCGGGAAUAUACAAUGUUAGGGGGCGCUCACCGAUCGUUCAUACGGAAGUCACUCGUUCCGUUGUGCCUUAAGAGCUCUCUCUCUCGAGCCCAACUAGCAGCCGCACAGCGGCGCGUGAUAUAUAGGCAGAAUGAUAUUACCGACAAAGACAAGGGAGACUGGAAUGGCAAUUUCUGGCUUAUUAGCCGUCGUCAGCCAGCCAUACCCAAGCCCGAAGUGUGGAACACCCGAGCCUCAAACUCGCGACCUGUUGGUUUAGAAGUCAACGCCUCUACUCACCGGGCCACGAGCCCGUUGCCUUGUCGGUUUUCGAUCGGGAAUAUACAAUGUUAGGGGGCGCUCACCGAUCGUUCAUACGGAAGUCACUCGUUCCGUUGUGCCUUAAGGGCUCUCUCUCUCGAGCCCAACUAGCAGCCGCACAGCGGCGCAUGAUAUAUAGGCAGAAUGAUAUUACCGACAAAGACAAGGGAGACUGGAAUGGCCAUUUCUGGCUUAUUAGCCGUCGUCAGCCAGCCAUACCCAAGUGUGGAACACCCGACCCUGCCCUCUUUGUCCUUCCGGUUGCCCGGCCCAUCUUCAGUUUCAUUCACAAAUAUCUAGUUAGCCAUGACUCAUGCACUCCAUUCUCAGCGGUUGUUCUUCUGACAGAUUCAUUCUAAAACCUCUUCUUCAAACUGCUAGUCAAAACGGCUUUUUAUGGAAUCGCAAAAGGCUUCUUUGUGCUACUCUAGAAGUGUAAAUAAAUAUCGAAAGUGCUCAAAUGAGUAAAAGCAACGGACCGGAACGACUAUGUUCCGCCAGAAUGCUCAUUUUUUUAUCCCUAACUGUUUCGACCAUCGACAGGUAGUCUGUCGGAGGUUUUUGAUACAUUUAUGGUUGAUAUAAAAAUACCGAAACCUAGCACACUCGUUUUGAGCGUUUUAACCUGUGUAUUCAGUCCUUCUGCACUACUAUCCACUGCGUCGAAUUAUGAUCACUCUGGCAAACACGUAACGGACACUUCAUCCGCAAGAACCUCCACACUGACAAGACGUGCCUUUGAAACCCGAUAAUGCUAGAACAGUGCUGGCCAGUACGUCAGUUCGCGAACGAUGAAGUCUAAUGCCUAUCCCUCACAGGGCGGUGACUUGCGCGUGAAUUAAUUUAAAGUGAUAUCUCCCGAAUUAAUGCUGCCCGACGGGUUUUCUCAAGUCUUAGAAAAAGCCUAUGGAUCUGACGCGACCUCUCCAUCACCACUAAGAUUCGCUUGUAACGUGCAUCUGUCCGGUCUGCCCUUCGGCAUGGCUGUGAAUGCUGGGCUGUGCGCGUGCGGGACGAGAGAAAACUGGAGGUAUUUGAUCACCACAGCUUGAGGACCAUCCUUCGAGUGAAGCACACCGACAUCGUCUCAAAUGAGACAGUCCGCGCUCGCUGCGACAACAUCGCAAGGACAGCCCAGGCCAUCCAAGAAGGACGACUGAGGUGGUUUAGGCAUGUUCUUCGUCGUUCACCUCAGGAGCUCAGUGUUACUGCCCUCGAUCCGGCACCGUUGCCCCAUUGGAGGCGUCGAAGAGGGGGUCUGUUCAAAACCUGUCUCGACACAGUUCGUCAAGACAUGGAGGUGGUUCUUGGACCUUCGGUAUUCGGUCUGCGUCGUUGGCGAGGGGAAUGGGUUGAGCUGUCCAGAUCUGCUGCCGCGGAUCGUCACGAGCGAAGAGGUACAGUUCGUGACAUCAUCGAGGCCGGCUAG